AUGGGAUCCCUGAGGAGCUGGUGGACGCUCUGGGCUGGAGCAACCCUUCUGUGGGCUCUGCUGCCUCCAGCAGAGCCCUCCUGUGAAGGUGUACGGUGUGCAGCUGGGCAACGCUGUCAGGUGGUGAAAGGGAAGGCCAGUUGUUUGACAGAGUCCACAGCUGUCUGCCGUGCUCAAGGUGACCCCCACUACACCACUUUUGAUGGCCGUCGCUAUGACAUGAUGGGCACCUGCUCCUACACAAUGGCUGAGCUCUGUGGGCUGGAUGAGACCCUGCCAGCCUUCAGUGUGGAAGCCAAGAAUGAGCACCGAAGCAGCCGCAAAGUCUCCUAUGUUGGCUCGGUCACCGUGCAUGCCUACAGCCACUCUGUGUCACUGGUCCGAGGAGAAGUUGGCUACGCCCGGAUCAACAACCAGCGCUCCCGCCUGCCAGUGUGUCUGAGUGAGGGUCGCCUGCGCGUGUACCAGAGUGGAACACAGGGUGUGGUGGAGCUGGACUUUGGGCUAGUGGUCACCUACAACUGGGACUGCCAGCUGACGCUGAGUCUACCUAAGCGCUUCCAAGGCCAGGUGUGUGGGCUGUGUGGCAACUAUAACGGUGAUCCUGCUGAUGACUUCCUCACACCUGACCAGGAGCUGGUUGAGGACCCUGUAGAGCUCGCCAGUAGCUGGAAGUUGGAUGAUGGGGACUACCUGUGUGAUGAUGGCUGCCAAGACAACUGUCCUGCCUGCACCACAGGCCAGGCUCAGCACUACAAGGGUGACCAUCUCUGUGGCAUGCUAACUCUGACUGAAGGCCCCUUUGCUGCCUGCCAUGAAUCCCUGGAGCCCAAGCCCUUCCUGGAAGAUUGUGUAUAUGACCUGUGUGUGACCGGUGGGGAGCGACUCAGCCUGUGCCGUGGCCUCAGUGCCUAUGCCCAGGCCUGUGCGGAGCUGGGCAUCUCUAUUGGAAGCUGGAGGUCACAAGUCAACUGCCCUCUGUCCUGCCCAGCCAACAGCCAAUACCAGCUCUGCAGCCCCGCCUGCCCGGCCACCUGCAACUCAGAGGCUGUGCCUGCCAACUGCUCCGAUCGCCCGUGCGUGGAGGGCUGCGUGUGCCUCCCGGGCUUCUUGGCCAGUGGUGGGGCCUGUGUGGCAGCCUCCUCGUGUGGCUGCGUCUACCAGGACCGCCUGCUCUCACCGGGUCAGGUGGUGUGGGCUGAUAAGCAGUGCCGGCAGCGCUGCACCUGCGACGCCAGCACCCAGGAGGUGACCUGCAAGGACACGCAGGGCUGCCCGACAGGUGAACGCUGCCGCGUGGAGAAUGGCCUCCUGGGUUGCUACCCCUACAAGUUCGCCACCUGCGAGGCGUCCGGGGACCCGCACUAUGUGACCUUUGAUGGCAAGCGCUUCGACUUCAUGGGCACCUGUACCUACCUGCUGGCGGGAUCGUGUAACCAGAACGAGGCACUGCCCGCCUUCCGGGUGCUGGUGGAAAAUGAGCAUCGGGGUAGCCAGACUGUGAGCUACACCAGAGCCGUGCGUGUGGAAGUCCACGGUGUGGUCGUGGCUGUGCGCAGGGAGUACCCUGGCCAAGUGCUGGUGGAUGAUGUCCGUUACAACCUGCCCUUCCAAGCAGCAGAUGGGAGGGUGCAGAUAUUCCGCCAGGGCAAUGACGCUGUGGUGAGCACAGACUUUGGCCUGACUGUCACCUACAAUUGGGACGCCUAUGUGACUGCCAAGGUGCCCAGCAGCUAUUCGAAAGCCCUCUGUGGGCUCUGUGGGAACUUCAAUGGGGACCCAGCAGAUGACUUUGCACAACCAAGUGGAGACCAAGCCUCCAAUGCUUUGGCCUUCGGAAACAGCUGGGAAGUGGAGACAAGACCUGGCUGUGGUGCCACUGAGGCGGGUGACUGUCCCAACCUAGAUUCCCUCGUGGCCCAGCAGCUGGAGAGCAAGAAGGAGUGUGGGAUCCUUGCUGAUCCUGCGGGUCCCUUCCGGGAGUGUCACAACACACUGAAACCCCAGGAUGUCGUGCGUGACUGCGUCUAUGACCUCUGUCUGCUGCCAGGCCAGUCCAAGGUACUGUGUGAUGCUUUGGCUUCCUAUGCUGCUGCAUGCCAGGCUGCCGGGGCCACUGUGCACCCCUGGAGGACGGAGGAACUUUGCCCCCUGAGCUGCCCGGCUCACAGCCACUAUGAGGCAUGUUCCUACGGUUGUCCUCUGUCCUGUGGAGACCUCCCAGUGUCCGGGGGCUGCGGCUCAGAAUGCCGAGAGAGCUGCGUGUGUGAUGAUGGCUAUGUCCUCAGCGGUGAGUCCUGUGUGCCCUUGGCCUCCUGUGGCUGCGUCCAGGAGGGUGCCUACUACCUACCAGGCCAGACCUUCCACCCUGGAUCGUGUGAUUCCCUUUGCCACUGCCAGGAGGGUGGCCUGGUGUCCUGUGAGCCCUCGUCCUGUGGCCCUCAUGAGGCCUGCCAGCCCUCCAAUGGUAUCCUGGGAUGUGUGGCUGUGGGCACUACCACCUGCCAGGCGUCAGGAGACCCUCAUUACACCACCUUUGAUGGCUAUCGCUUCGACUUCAUGGGCACCUGUGUGUACGUGUUGGCUCAGACCUGUGGAACCCGGCCUGGCCUGCACCAGUUUACAGUCCUGCAGGAGAACGAGGCCUGGGGCAAUGGACAAGUCAGUGUGACCAAGGCCAUCACAGUCAAGGUGGCAAACUACACCCUGAAGCUGCAGCAGAAUCAGCAAAAGGUCACGGUGAACGGUGUGAACAUGAACCUGCCCCUGGUGCUGGGUGAUGGUGAGGUCCAUGUCUACCAGCACGGCUCAGAUGUUGUGAUCGAGACGGACUUUGGUCUGCGUGUGGCCUAUGACCUUGCAUACUAUGUACGGGUCACUAUCCCAGGCAACUACUACCAACAGAUGUGUGGCCUGUGUGGAGACUACAAUGGUGACCCCAAGGAUGACUUGCAGAAGCCUGAUGGCUCCCAGGCAGCCAACCCCAAUGAAUUUGGCAACUCCUGGGAGGAGGAGGUACCAGAUUCACCCUGCGCACCAGUGCCUGACUGCAAACCGGGCGAGGACUGCACAGAGUGCAGCACUGAGCUGAAGGAAAAAUAUGAGAAGGUGGAAUUCUGUGGGUUCCUUGCCAACCCCACAGGGCCACUGGCUGCCUGCCACAAGCUGAUUGACCCUCAGGGACCCUUAGAAGAUUGUGUCUUUGAUCUCUGCCUGGGGGGAGGGAACCUGAGUAUUCUCUGCACCAACAUUCAUGCCUACGUGAGUGCCUGCCAGGCAGUGGAAGGCCAGGUGGAGUCCUGGAGGACUGAAUCUUUCUGUCCGAUGGAAUGCCCUUCACACAGCCACUAUGAACUCUGUGCUGACACCUGUUCCCUGGGCUGCUCUGCACUCAGCGCUCCCCUGCAGUGCCCAGGUGGAUGUGCUGAGGGCUGUGAAUGUGACUCUGGCUUCCUGUACAAUGGCAAAACCUGCGUGCCCAUCGAGGAAUGUGGCUGCUUCCACAAUGGAGUCUACUAUGAGCCGGAGCAGACGGUCCUCAUUGACAGCUGUCAGCAGCAGUGUGCGUGCCAUGCAAGCAAGGGCAUGGUGUGCCAGGAUCACAGCUGCAAGCCGGGCCAGGUGUGCGAGCCCUCAGGAGGUGUCCUGAGCUGCGUUACCAAAGAUCCAUGCCAUGGUGUAGCCUGCCGGCCGCAGGAGACAUGCAAAGACCAAGAUGGCCAGGGCGUGUGUGUGCCCAACUAUAGUUCUACAUGCUGGCUGUGGGGAGACCCUCACUAUGUGUCCUUCGAUGGCUGGGCCUUUGACUUCCAGGGCACCUGCAACUAUGUGCUGGCCACAACUGACUGCCCAGGGGUCAGUGCCAAGGGCCUGCCAUCCUUCUCUAUCACCAUGAAGAAUGAGAAUCGGGGCAACCCUGCUGUGUCCUAUGCGAAGGAGGUCACCGUAUCUGUCCUUGGUACCAACAUCUCCAUCCACAAAAAUGAGGUCGGAAAAGUCCGGGUGAACGGUGUGCUGACAGCCUUGCCUGUCUCCAUUGCUGGUGGGCGUAUUUUAGUGACCCAUGGUGCAUCAAAGGCUGUGCUGAUAACUGAUUUUGGGCUUCAAGUCACCUAUGACUGGAAUUGGCAAGUAGAGGUGACCCUUCCCAGUAGCUACUAUGGUGUCGUGUGCGGGCUCUGUGGAAACAUGGACCAAAACCCCCAAAAUGACCGCAUCUUCCCUAAUGGCACACUGGCUCCUUCAAUACCCAUCUGGGGUGGCAGCUGGCGAGUUCCAGAAUGGGACCCAUUUUGCUGGGAUGAAUGUCAGGGGUCCUGCCCAACAUGUCCUGAGGACAAAAUAGAAGAGUAUGAGGGUCCCGGCUUCUGUGGACCUCUGGACCCUACUAGCAUAGGUGGCCCCUUCGCCACGUGCCACACCCAAGUGCCACCUGAAGACUUCUUCAAAGGCUGUGUCCUGGAUGUCUGUUUGGGUGGUGGGGCCCGAGACAUACUUUGCCAAGCACUGGCUUCCUAUGCUGCUGCCUGCCAGGCUGCUGGCAUUGUCAUCAAGGACUGGAGGACACAGGCUGGCUGUGAGGUGUCCUGCCCUGACAACAGCCACUAUGAGCUCUGUGGCCCACCCUGCCCAGCCAGCUGCCCACCCCCAGCACCCCUCAUGACACCAGCUAUAUGUGAGGGCCCCUGCCUCGAGGGCUGCCAGUGUGACGAGGGCUUCGUGUUGAGUGUUGAUCGCUGCGUACCCCUGGAUGGUGGCUGUGGCUGCUGGGCCAAUAAUAUCUACUAUGAGGCAGGCAGUGAGUUCUGGACCGACGCCACCUGUUCCCAGAGGUGCCAUUGUGGGUCUGGUGGUGGCUCUCUUGUCUGCUCAUCUGCCAGCUGCAGGGUAGGUGAAGAAUGUGCCUUGCUGUCCUCUGGCCAGUACGGCUGCCAACCCACCAGCACAGUUGAGUGCCAGGCCUGGGGUGACCCCCAUUAUGUCACCCUGGAUGGGCAUAAAUUCGACUUCCAAGGCACCUGUGAGUAUCUGCUGAGUGCUCCCUGCAAUGCACCACCCUCUGGGACUGAGGACUUCAAUGUCACUGUAGUCAACGAGCACCGAGGCAGCCAGGCUGUCAGUUACACCCGCAGUGUCACGCUGCAUGUCUACAGCCACAGCCUGACUCUCAGUGCCAGCUGGCCCCGGAAGCUACAGGUGGACGGCGAGUUCGUGGAUCUGCCCUUCCAGCUGGACUCGCGCUUGCACGCGUACCUGAGCGGCUCUGACGUGGUGGUGACCACAGACUUUGGGCUCUCGCUGCUUUUUGACGGGGACAGCUUCGUGCGCCUACGCGUGCCAGCAGCGUACGCGGGCGCCCUCUGUGGCCUGUGCGGGAACUACAACAAAAACCCUGCAGAUGACCUGGCAGCGGUGGAAGGGAACCCAGCCGGCUGGCAGGUGGGCGGUAAGGCAGGCUGCGGGGAGUGUGUACCCGGGCCAUGCCCAGAGGCAUGCACUCCUGAGCAACAGGAACCCUACCGUGGCCCCGACGCCUGCGGCGUGAUCUCAGCCCUCGAUGGUCCACUGGCACCCUGUCACAGCUUCUUGCCACCGGCGCAGUACUUCGAGGCUUGCUUGUUGGAUGCUUGCCAGGCUCAAGGCCAUCCAGGAGGUCUCUGUCCAGCCGUGGCUACCUAUGUGGCAGCCUGUCAGGCAGCUGGAGCCCAGCUGGAGGAGUGGAGGCGGCCAGAUUUCUGUCCCAUCCAGUGCCCUGCCAACAGUCAUUAUGAGCUUUGUGGUGACUCCUGCCCCGUGAGCUGCCCAACCCUCUCUGCACCCGAGGGCUGUGAGCCAACCUGCCGAGAAGGCUGUGUCUGUGAUGCUGGCUUUGUGCUCAGUGGUGACACCUGUGUGCCUGUGGGCCAGUGUGGCUGCCUCCACAAUGACCGCUACUACCAGUUGGGUGCAACCUUCUACCCUGGCCCUGAGUGUGAGCGGCUCUGUGAGUGUGGAUCAGGUGGUGAGGUCAGCUGCCAGGAGGGUGGAGACUGUGGAGCCUAUGAGGAGUGCCGGGUAGAGGACGGCACCCAGGCCUGCUAUCCCACGGGUUGUGGCCGUUGCCUGGUCAGCGGAGGCAUCCAUUACGUCACCCUUGAUGGACGUGUCUAUGACCUGCAUGGCACCUGCUCCUAUGUCUUGGCCCAAGUCUGUGACUCAAAACCUGGAGAUGAGGACUUUUCCAUCGUGCUUGAGAAAGAUGAGGCUGGUGAAUCCCAACGUGUGCUGGUUACUGUGGCAGACCAGGUUGUGAGCUUGGCUAAAGGACCACAGGUCACCGUGGACGGUGAGGCUGUGACCCUGCCUGUGGCUGUGGGCAAUGUGCGUGUGACUGCAGAAGGCCGGAACAUGAUUCUGCAGACAACCAAAAGACUGCGGCUUCUCUUUGAUGGUGAUGCCCAUAUCCUCAUGUCUAUCCCUAGCCCCUUCCAUGGACGUGUCUGUGGCCUCUGUGGAAACUUCAACGGCAACUGGACUGACGACUUUGUGCUGCCCGAUGGCACAGUGGCCUCCAGCGCGGAGGCCUUUGGAGCUGAGUGGCGGGUGCCAAGCUCCUCCCAGGGCUGCAGUGAGGGCUGUGGGUCCCAAGGCUGUCCCGUGUGCUUGGCAGAGGAGACAAAAUCAUAUGAGAGCAGCGAGGCCUGUGGGCAGCUCCUUGACUCCAAAGGCCCCUUCGCGUCCUGUCACAAUGUGUUGAGUCCCUCUGAAUACUUCCGCCAAUGUGUGUACGACCUGUGUGCCAAUAAGGGUGACAAAGCCUUCCUCUGUCGCAGCCUGGCAACCUAUACAGCAGACUGUCAGGCAUCUGGUGCCACUGUGAAUUCCUGGAGGACAGACAGCUUCUGCCCUCUCCAGUGUCCUGUCCACAGCCACUACUCCAUCUGCACACACUCCUGCCAGAGCUCCUGUGCAGCUCUCUCCGGCCUCACUGGCUGCACUGCCCUCUGCUUUGAGGGCUGUGAGUGCGACGACCGCUUCCUGUUCUCCCAGGGUGUCUGCAUUCCUGCCCAAGACUGUGGCUGUUCCCAUAAUGGCCGAUACUUGCCGGUGAACUCCUCCUUACUGACUUCAGACUGCAGCGAACGCUGUUCCUGCUCCCCAGGCAGUAGCCUGACAUGCCAGGCAGCUGGCUGCCCACAAGACCGGGUCUGUGAGGUCCAGGAGGGAGCCAAAGACUGCUGGCCUGCCCGUGGUCUCUGCUCCCUCUCUGUGGGCGCCAACCUUACCACCUUCGAUGGGGCCCAUGGUACCAUCAGUUCCUCUGGCUUCUAUGAGCUCUCUUUCCGCUGCCCAGGACUACAGAACACUGUCCCCUGGUACCGUAUAGUUGCUGACGUGCAGGCCUGCCAAGACAAAGUUCAGGUUGUGGGCGAGGUCCACAUCUUCUUCCAGGAUGGAUUGGUGACUGUGACCCCAAGCAAGGGCGUGUGGGUGAACGGUCUCCGAGUGGAUCUCCCAGCUGAUGUGUUAACAUCUGUGUCUGUGAGUCGAUCACCAGAUGGCUCCAUACUAGUCCGCCAGAAGGAAGGGGUCCAGGUGUCGCUUGGAACCAAUGGGCAUCUGACUGUGAUAGUUGGUAAUGAUCAUGCUGGCACACUGUGUGGGGCCUGUGGAAACUUUGAUGGGGAGCAGACCAAUGAUGUGAAGACAGCGAUAGAGAAAUGGACAGCAAAGGACUUCUCCCCAUGGUAA